AUGUCUGAAAAGAAAAUAGAGCAAUGGGAGGUGGAGCGUUAUUGGGAAAUCUUCUCUUCCCUCUCCAAUGGCCAGUCCCGCUUGAAUAACGCUCAAGCGGCAACCGUUCUGAGAAACAGCCGGUUAAGGGAUGACCAGCUGGAGAAAGUCUGGGAUCUUGCAGAUGUUGACGGAGAUGGAGAGCUGGAUUUUGAAGAAUUUUGCGUGGCUAUGAGACUUAUUUUUGAUCUCGUUAAUGGAGAAUUAGCAGACGUCCCACGCCAGCUACCAGAAUGGCUGGUCCCAGAGUCGAAAGCUCAUCUUGUCCAGGCUACACAAGCACUAUCUGGCCACCAGCCGCAAUUCGAAAGAGUAGAGGACGACGACGAUACACCAGGCUUAAAAGAUGGCUUCGAUUGGUACAUGAGCCCUAGCGACAAAGCCAAAUAUGAAGAUAUAUACUCUGCAAAUAAAAAUCACCGUGGAGAGUUAGCUUUCUCUUCGCUCCAACAACUCUACGAUUCCCUCGCCGUACCUGACACAGACAUCCGCUCCGCCUGGAACCUGGUUAAUCCAAACGCCUCUUCUACUAUUAAUAAAGACGCAUCCCUCGCAUUUCUUCAUAUACUCAACAAUAGACAUGAAGGCUAUCGCAUCCCACGAACCAUCCCCGCUUCCCUCCGCUCCUCUUUCGAAUCAAAUAAAAUCGAUUACCAGCUUGACAACGUUCGCACCGCUAAACGAUGGGGUGUUAAUAAUGAUGGAGACACAAGUACAGGCCGCAAGGCAAAGUUUGGGGACGCAUACCUCAGCCGAUUGGGUGUUGGUGGAAGAGCAAGCUAUAAGCCCCAGGGAACUGAUUUCAGUGGAACAGUUCAAGAUGAAGAAUGGGAGAAGGUUAGGCUGCGACGUGAGCUUGCGGAGCUAGAAAAGAAGCUGGAGGCUGCCAACACGGCCGCCGAAGAACGUGCUAACGGCCGACGGACCGCUGGCGGCCCAAAUUGGGCAUUAAUUAAAAAAGAAGCCCUACAAAUGUUAGAAUAUAAGGAGCGAGAGCUGAGAGAAUUGAGAGAGGGCACAGGCAGAGUGAAAGAAGGCGAGAACUUGCAGCGUUUACGAGAUGAUGUGCAGACUGUGGGCGAGCAGCUUGAGGGUUUAAAGGCACACCAGGCCAAGCGGAAUGAAGCUUUGGCAGACUUACGCCGUGAUAUUGAAGAGGAGAAGCGUAAUAGAUAG